AUGCCAACCAGUCGUCUCCGUGGUACGCGCCGACUUUUGCAACUCGCUCGCCCCCAAGUUGUGUAUCUAUAUGCGGGCUGUCUUGUUUUAUUGAUUCGACUCCCAUUUUCCCUAUCUAUUCCACACUUCGUUUCGACGACGCUGACGGCCCUGUCACAGGGAAACUUUCAUCUGGCUCGAGCGGAGAUAGCAUGGCUAUUCUUGUUUGGUACCUUGGAUGCUGUUUUUGACUUUUGGUGUGUCUUUCUGUUUGGAUAUGCCAACCAGCGUAUUGUUCGUGGUGUCCGCGUCGACUUGCUGGGCGUGUUACUGAGACAGGAUGUGGCCUUUUUUGACGCGACAAGUUCUGGUGAACUCGCCUCGCGGCUAAAUUCGGACUGUAGCGAAAUGGCCGGAGACCUGACGUGGUUUUUCCGUUUCAGUAUCGAAUCUGUUGUGCGCAUUGUCGGGAUCACGAUUUACAUGUUAGUCCGCAGUCCUGUACUUGGUGCCUGUGCCCUGAGCAUAGUUCCGGUGGUUGGAAUAAUCAACAAAUUUUACGGCGAUUGGCUGAGUCGCAACGCAACAUUAGUACAAGAUGCCUUGGCUGAUGCCAACGCCGUUGCUCAAGAAACCUUGGCAAACGUACGGACCGUGAUAGCAUUCGCGGCCGAAAGCAAGGAAGAAGCUCGUUACGAAAGAAAAAUUCAACGUCAGUACGAACUGAACAUCAAGCAACUGUAUAUGACCGGUGUCUACUAUAUGGCCGUCUCCACGUUUCUAAUAAACACAAUCGUGCAGUCGUCUUUAUUGUGGAUCGGAGCAAACCUGAUUGCCCAGCAUCGCCUGGCACCAGAAGUCUUAUUGGCCUUUAUGCUUUAUCAAGGACAACUACAGAACGAAACGCUAAAUCUGUUUCGGUCCUUCAGUUCACUCAUUAAGAGUUCUGGCGCCGGCGAUAAAGUCUUCGCCUUGCUCGACCGUCGGCCACCGGCACCAGCUACUGGAUCACGGAGUCAGGCGAAUCAGUAUAACGUCAGGUUUGAACAAGUAUCGUUCCGCUAUCCCACGCGUCCGGAUCACUUGGUUCUUAAUCACUUGGACUUGGAAAUUGAGCAGGGCCAGACUUUGGCGUUGGUCGGUUCAUCUGGCUGCGGCAAGUCCACCAUAGUGAAUCUGCUUCAGCGUUUUUACGAUCCGAAUGCUGGAAGCAUUGUUGUCAACGGUCAAGAUUUACGCCGUCUGGACUUGGAAGCCCACCGUCGUCAUAUUGGGGUGGUCACGCAGGAUCCUGUGUUGUUUGACGAUUCCAUCUGGCAAAACAUUGUUUACGGUGCGCCUCACGCAACUCGUGAAGAUGCCGUUCGGGCGGCGAAACUCGCGCACGCCGAUGCAUUUAUCCGUAGUUUUCCUCAAGGGUACGAUACGGGUGUUGGCGAACGUGGUGUACAACUGUCGGGUGGACAAUUGCAGCGGAUCGCCAUUGCUCGCGCGAUGGUGCAGAAGCCAUCUCUUUUGCUGCUCGACGAAGCCACGUCGGCGUUGGAUGCGGCCUCGGAACAAAUUGUACAAGACGCCCUGGAUCGGUUAUUGGAAAAGGGCAACAUGACGACCGUUGUCGUGGCACAUCGACUCCGUACGGUCCGCAAUGCCGACCAGAUUGCCGUCAUUGAUCAGGGCAAGGUAGUCGAAAAGGGCACACAUGUUGAACUCCUGCAACUACGUUCAGGUUUGUAUCGCAAGAUGGUGGGACGGGCUGGCAAUACCGGGAUCUUGCCCGAAUAG